UGGGUGUGUCCUCUGUGGAGCGUCCUCACUCGCAAUAUCAGGUACGUGCGCCCAGCCCCUUCGCUUGGACUGUGCUUGCCGUCUGCUUCCUGCUCGCCAUUCCAUAGCCAGGCUGUUAGCCACCACACGCGAACGCACGCACUCACCCUCAUUCCAACCCCCAGUUCCCCAGAGGACACGCAAUCCACAAUGGACGACGUUAUCGCAAAGAUCCCAAACCUCGACCUCGCCCAAUAUGUCUUUCUCCUCACAUCCGGCCCAAAAGAAGGCCAAUCAGAAGCCCGCGCAAAAGUCCUCGAAUACAUCAAGGCCGACAAAAUGGCACCCUACUACACGCAUUUAAGCACGGAGCUCGCCUUCCCGCGUGACAACACACUUCUGAGUGAAUUGAAGAAAGAUAACGAGGAGGAACUGAAGAAGCUGGAUGCGAAGCUGGAGGAUGCGGAGCAGAAUUUGGGCGAGACGGAUAUCAGUGAUGCGUUGAUUGCCAGGGCCGGGUUUUUUGCGAGGAUUGGUGAUAAGGAAAAAGCACUAGCAGCCUACCGCCUCGCCUUCGACAAGACCGGUCCUCUAGGCCACCGCAUCGACCUCGUAUUCGCCACCAUCCGCAUCGGCUUCUUCUUCCGCGACAACGAUCUCAUCAGUCGUAACAUCGAGAAAGCCAAGACAUUGAUUGAGGAAGGAGGCGACUGGGACCGCCGCAACCGCCUCAAAGUAUACGAAGGGAUCUACCGCAUCUCCAUCCGGGACUUCAAGAACGCGAUCCAGCUGUUUUUGGACACGCUGGCGACGUUCACGAGCACCGAGUUGAUGGAGUAUAAGGAUUUCGUCAAGUAUACUGUUUGGACGGGGGUCAUUACGUUGGGGAGGAGGGAGUAUAAGAGCAAGGUCCUGACAGCCCCCGAGAUCCUCGAAGCAAUCGACCAAGUCCCGCACCUCUCCUCCUUCGCCAACUCGCUGUACAACGGAAACUACGCCCAGUUCUUCGAAUCCCUCGCCCAAAUCGAAACCCAAAUGAAAUCAGACCGGCUCCUCCACCCGCACUACCGCUACUACGUCCGCGAGAUGCGCAUCGCUGCCUACGCCCAGCUCCUGGAGUCGUACCGGAGUCUGAGCGUCGAAUCGAUGGCGAGCUCGUUUGGGGUCACUGAGGAGUGGAUCGACUCGGAUUUGUCCAAGUUUAUCGCAGCGGGCCGGCUGAACGCGGUGAUUGAUAAGGUGGGCGGGAUCGUGGAGACGAACCGGCCGGACGCAAAGAACGCGCAGUAUCAGGGGGUGAUUAGGCAGGGGGAUCUGUUGCUGAAUCGCGUGCAGAAGUUGAGUAGGGUUGUGACUGUUUGAAUGUGGUGGGAGA